AUGGAGGCAAGAAUCGAGAGUGUGGAGCGCAACAUGGAGCGGAUCUUGGAGGUUCUGGAUCGUUUGGAUCGGGAUCGUGAGGAAGAUCGAAGGAACCGUGAUGCAAAUCGAGCAGGGAAUGAGGAGCGACUGAGGCAAAUGGAAGUGCGAUUGGAAGGAUUGUCGCACAACCGUGAGGAGGUGGCAAUGACGCGCACGACGCCAGAGGCGGCAACGGCACCGGCGCCGGAUGCGGAGACGGCGGCGCAAGGUGCGAAUCGCUGGCGUAAAAUGGAGAUUCCAGUCUAUGAUGGAAGCGAAGACGCGUUUGGAUGGGUCAACAAACUGGAAAGGUACUUUCGUAUCAAGGGAGCGACGGAGGAAGAGAAGCUACAAGCGGUGGUUGUAGCUUUGGAUGGAAGAGCGUUAAGCUGGUAUCAAUGGUGGGAACCUUGUCACCUGCAUGCGUCUUGGGAGCAGUUCAAGCGUGCGAUCUUGGAGAGGUUUCAGUCCUCUGUUUCGCAGAGUCCAUUUGCAGCGUUGCUAGCGCUGAAACAGAGUGGCAGCGUCGCGGAAUUCGUGGAGCAAUUCGAGAGAUUUGCUGGAAUGAUGAAAGGUGUGGAAGAAGAUCACCUGAGAGAGGUUUUUCUAAACGGAUUGAAGGAAGAAUUAGCGGCAGAAGUGAAGCUUUAUGAACCAAAGACUCUGACAGAGUUGGUCAAAAAAGCGUUAAUGGUGGAGCAGAAGAACAAUGCGGUUCAGAGGGCAGGAACUGGUGGUUGGGGGGGAAGAACAGGCUCUAAUUUUCGGAGCCUUCCUCUGUCUAGAUCAGUGGUGAUGGACACGGGGCAGAGAAAUCCGUUGCGACCUGCGAAUUCAACAGCUGCAGUGGGCAAUCCAGUGCCUGCAGUUGGGACUGGUUCAGGGGACAGAGGUUUACCACGGGUGAGACCUACUGGUUAUCGUAGGUUAUCUGAGGCAGAGAUGCAAGAGAAGAUUAUGAAAGGGGAGUGUUUCAGAUGUGAGGAAAAGUUUGGCCCAAACCAUGUUUGCAAGAACAAGCAACUACGAGUGAUGUUGUUGGGUGAAGGGGAGGUUGAGGAUCCAGAACAGGAGGAAAAUCUUGAAGCGGACACAGACCAAGUUGAGCCACAAUUGUUCCAGUUAUCUCUCAAGAGCAUAGCUGGUUUUACUUCUAGAAGGUCUUUGAAGGUGUGGGGAGAGUUGGGGCAGCAUAAGGUCAUUGUUUUGGUGGAUUGUGGUGCCACACACAAUUUCAUUUCACAGGAUCUGGUGAAUUCUUUGAAAUUACCAGUGACAGAAACUCCUUCCUACAUGGUGGAGGUUGGUGAUGGGCAUAAGGUGAAAUGCCAAGGCAAGUGCACAGAUGUUCAACUGAGCAUUCAGGGCAUUCCAAUUACACAGGAGUUAUUUCUCUUUAAUUUGGGGGGUGUGGAUGUGGUUCUAGGAUUGGAAUGGUUGGCAAGUUUGGGGGACAUAAAAGCCAAUUUUGAGGAGUUAACCUUGAGGUUUAAAGUGGGAAGUAAGAAGGUUUUGCUGAGAGGUGAACUCGGUCUCAUUAGGAAGACAGCUUCUUUAUCUUCCUUGGUCAAAGCUCUGCAGCAACAAGCUGAGGGAUUUUGGGUGGAAUUUCAGCAGCUGGUUGAAGUUCAGGAAGAGCUCGUGGCUGUUCCAGGACAGUUGCAGGGGUUGAUGAAGAAUUAUACUGAGUUAUUCACUGCCAUACAGGACUUACCCCCUAGUAGAGUGCAAGAUCAUGCCAUUCACCUGCAAGAGGGAGCUACCAUACCAAAUAUUCGACCAUACAGGUAUCCCCACUACCAAAAAUCUGAAAUAGAGAAAUUGGUCAAGGAAAUGUUAGUUGCUGGAAUUAUUAGGCCUAGUAUUAGCCCAUUUUCUAGUCCAGUUAUUUUAGUAAAGAAAAAAGAUGGUAGCUGGCGAUUUUGCAUUGAUUACCGGGCUUUGAAUAAGAUUACCAUUCCCAAUAAAUUUCCCAUCCCCAUUAUUGAUGAGUUACUUGAUGAAUUGGGAGAGGCUAAGGUUUUUUCUAAGCUAGACCUUAAAUCGGGGUACCAUCAAAUUAGAAUGAGAGCUGGUGAUAUAGAGAAGACAGCUUUCCGGACCCAUGAGGGCCACUAUGAGUUUUUAGUGAUGCCUUUUGGGCUCACUAAUGCUCCAUCCACUUUCCAAGCCUUGAUGAAUGAGGUUUUGAAGCCUUUACUAAGGAAAUUUGUUUUGGUCUUUUUUGAUGAUAUAUUGGUCUAUAGCUUGUCUAUGGAAGACCACAUAAUUCAAUUGGGACAAGUCUUUGAGUUGCUGUUCCAUAAUGGGUUGAAACUGAAUCAGAAAAAGUGUUUGUUUGGCCAAGAGAAAUUAGAAUACCUGGGCCAUAUUAUAUCUCAUGGAGCAGUGGCGGCUGACCCUAAGAAGCUUGAGGCUAUGUGGUGCUGGCCUGUACCAAAAGAUGUCAAGGGGUUGAGGGGGUUUUUGGGUCUCACCGGUUACUAUAGAAGAUUUGUGCGAGGCUAUGGGAAAAUUGCUAGGCCACUGACUUUGCUGCUCAAGAAGAAUGGUUUUGUGUGGAGUAAGGAGGCACAACUUGCUUUUGAUCAGCUCAAACAUGCCAUGACUGAUCUUCCAGCCUUGGCAGUCCCUGAUUUUUCCAAAACCUUUGUUAUCGAGACUGAUGCUUCCGGUACAGGUCUGGGGGCAGUCCUUUUACAAGAGGGCAGGCCUUUGGCUUUUUGGAGCUCCACUUUGUCAGACCAAGGACAGAGAAAAUCUGUUUAUGAGCGGGAAUUGAUGGCUAAUUUCGGCUGUGAACACCAAUUUUCUACCCUCCCUCUAGUUAAAUAUCUUCUACUUUUGUAUUAUUAUUAG